CUGAUAUUUAGCCGUUUAGGUUCGUUUCAGUACCAUCGCUGUCUGGAUCGGUCUGAUUUUCAGUGUUCUGUUCUGCUCCCCAUCCAAAUAAUGAGUGCCACCCAAAGACGCAGACAUAAUGAUGAAUCCGAGUUGGAUGACUCGGGGAUACUAAACGAGCGAAUUCUCCUACUCGUCUUUGAGUCAAUAAAAUGGGACUUACAGGUCCUCUGUUUAGUUUCUUCUGUGAACCACAAGCUUCGAGCUAUAGGGAAGCGGAUUCUAUGGAGAAAGCUCUGCGUGUUUCGAGCACCGCGGAUGGUUGCAGCAUUGGCAAACGGUGCCCCCAAUGGAAGAAUUGGUGGCGGAUGGGAUGCGCUCGCGAAGCUCAUGUUUUUCUGCAGCGGUUGUGAGUCAACUCGUCAUUUCAAAGUGAGUCGGCCUACUCCGGGUCAUUUCGCCCGAUCUUCUCGGUUUUCCAAGACGUCGGGUCGGAGCUUCUUGGCGAAAAGGUGCCGGAGUGAUUUGUUGUUCAUAAGUGAUCCGUGCGAGCAUCCAGUGGGAGGUAACGAAGACCAUCUGGGAAUAUACCGAGGGAUAUUUCGGGGAUUCAUGAGAUCCAAGACGAGAGCUUGCUUGAUCGGACGGCAAGUAGCUUUUGAAGAGAGCGUGAGGUGUCCUUAUUGCGGCACCCGAGUCUGGAGCAUGACGGCGGCUCGGCUCGUCCCCAAGAGCGCGGCUGGACGGCUCGGGUCAGGCGACCGACGGCUGGAGUAUUUCGUUUGUGUGAACGGGCACUUGCAUGGGGCUUGCUGGCUCAUACCUCUGUCGUCCGAUGAAGAAGUUUGCGACGAUGGAAGCGAUGAAGAUCUGGACGGCGAUGAUGAGAUCGACAGGGACGCGUGUAGCCAUCAGACGGUGACAGACGGAAGCUCGAGCUCCUUAGGGGAAGAUGUUUCAGGAGGUGGAUCCAUCGAUUAAUUGCUAUUUGCUAAACUUGUAAGUACACAAUUUUUGCGCGUAUUUUAAGGAAGAAAGAGAGAGUAGCGGAUCACAUU